AGCAUUUGGCGGGUUUUUCCGGGCUGCUCUUCUCUGAUCCCGUCCUUGAGAUGUUCAGUGGUGGCUUUUAGGAAGCUGGCCGUUCUCCCCAGGAGAAGGACUUCUCAAGAUUUCUGCUCUCUUCCUUCAGGCGUUUGGGGGCUUCAAAAAAAAAAGAAAACGUGUUUCUCCGUGACUGACGGCUGGAGCCUUCUGACGGCCUGAGGUUUUGGGCCAUUUGGUCACUCUCCGUCUCGGUCCCUCGGAGGGUGAAAGGAUCAGAGGGACCUCGUCCUGCUCAUCGAUCUCCACGCCUGUGGGUUUCUUGGCGUCAGGUCGGAGCUGGGUGGGCCCGGCCCCGGCCCCGGCCCCGGCCCCGGCCCCCCUCCUGGGUCAUCAUGGCCGUGUCCGCCCAGCUCUUGGUGGAGGAGUUGGAGAUCUUCGGCCUAGAAUGCGAGGAGGCUCUGGUUGAGAAGUUGAUAGAGCUGUGCGCUCUGUAUGGGCAGAAUGAGGAGGGAAUGGCCGGCGAGCUCAUAGCCUUCUGCACCAGCACACAUAACGACUGCCUCACCGCAGAGACCCUGAACUCUUUUGAGCACGAGUUUCUGAGCAAAAGAUUGUCCAAAGCCAGGCUUGGUGCCUCCAAGGGCAGUGGGCAUGCGGGAGCCAGAGACAUUGUUUCCAUACAAGAGCUAAUUGAAGUGGAGGAGGAAGAGGAGACCCUCUUGAACUCUUACACCACACCCUCUAAGGGUUCUCAGAAGCGAGCUAUCACCACUCCGGAAACCCCCCUCACAAAAAGGAGUGUAUCUACUCGAAGCCCCCAUCAGCUCCUGUCACCAUCAAGUUUCUCUCCAAGUGCUACUCCCUCUCAGAAAUACAGCUCGAGAAGUAACCGAGGAGAAGUGGUUGCCUCCUUUGGCUCAGCACAGGUGAUGUCUUGGUCCGGGAGAGAAGGAGCCAGUAACAUCAGCCUGAAGGUCUUGGGGUAUCCAGAGCCACUAACCGGGAGCUACAAAUCCAUGUUUCAGAAGCUCCCAGACAUUCGAGAAGUUCUGACCUGUAAGAUAGAAGAACUUGGCAGUGAACUCAAGGAGCAUUACAAGAUUGAGGCUUUUACUCCUGUUCUAGUCACAGCACAAGAGCCCGUCACCCUGCUGGGCCAGAUUGGCUGUGACAGCAACGGGAAGCUGAACCACAAGUCGGUGAUUCUUGAGGGAGAUCGGGAACAUUCCUCAGGCGCUCAGAUUCCAGUGGAUCUAUCUGAGCUCAAAGAGUAUUCUCUGUUUCCUGGACAGGUUGUGGUUAUGGAAGGAAUCAACACCACUGGUAGAAAACUUGUUGCCACCAGACUCUACGAGGGCGUGCCACUUCCGUUCCAUCAGCCCACUGAAGAGGAUGGAGAUUCUGAGCAAAUCAUGGUCCUGGUGGCCUGUGGCCCAUACACCACAUCUGACAGCAUCACGUUUGACCCCCUGCUCGACCUGAUCACCAUCAUCAACCGCGACCGGCCCGACGUCUGCAUCCUGUUUGGACCUUUCCUGGAUGCUAAGCAUGAACAGGUAGAGAGCUGUCUACUGACAAGCCCGUUUGAAGACGUUUUCAAGCAAUGUCUACGAACGAUUAUUGAAGGGACACGAAGUAGCUCCGGCUCACACCUCAUCUUCGUCCCAUCACUGAGAGACGUGCACCACGAGCCCGUGUACCCACAGCCGCCCUUCAGCUGCUCCGACCUGCCUCGGGAGGACAAAAAGCGAGUGCAGUUCGUGUCCGAGCCCUGCACGCUCUGCAUAAACGGAAUGAUCUUUGGCUUGACGUCCACCGACCUGCUGCUGCACAUGGGGGCUGAGGAGAUCAGUAGUUCUUCCGGAACUUCAGACAGGUUCAGCCGAAUACUCAAGCACAUCCUGACCCAGCGGAGCUACUACCCACUCUACCCUCCCCAGGAGGACAUGGCCAUUGACUAUGAGAAUUUCUAUGCCUAUGCACAGCUGCCCGUCACCCCCGACGUCUUCAUAGCCCCUUCAGAGCUGAGAUACUUUGUGAAGGACAUCCUUGGCUGCGUCUGUGUGAAUCCCGGGCGCCUCACCAAAGGGCAGGUGGGGGGCACCUUCGGCCGACUCUACCUCAGGAGGCAGGCCGCGGGCGCCGAGGGCAGGCGGAGCCCGUGCACUGCCGCCCAGGUGGUCAGGAUCUGAGGCUCGGUCCUCUGUCAUCCCCCGUCGUGCGGGCCUCCCAGACACCGAGAGCCCGGGAGUAGCCCUCUGCCAAGAUCCCACCCGUGGAAGGAGAGGGGGCAGCCAGCUGGAGAGGACGGGGCUGCGGGCAGGGGGCCCAGCGGGAAGACCUUGGGCAGCUGGACCCCUACUCCGCGUCGAGUUUCUCUGGAAGAAAGCUGUUGUUUCUUCAUGGACACUUGGAGCCCAGCGAGAACCGGCCGUGGACGCAGUAUGCUCAGGAAGGUCAAGGCUUUGCGAUUUCCUACUGAGUCAGACAUAGAAACAACUUUUGGAGAUAUGAAAGUAAAUUCUGUGACUUCUGAGUUUAA